AUGUCCUGCAGAGCUUAGUUCCUGCUGCAAAGAGACUUCCAAGAGUUGAAAGAGAACAACUAUGAGGGUGUUACUGCCUUUCCUGUAAGUGAAGAUAUGAUGGAAUGGGAAGCUGAUAUUGAAGGUCUACAGAACACAGUUUGGCAGGGAAUAUUCUUCCAACUGAUGAUAACUUUUACAUCAGACUAUAAUUUUGUCCCUCCAGUUGUGGCAUGUAGAACCAUUUCUUUUCACCCAAAUGUAGACCAACAUACUGGUCAACUUAUAGAUAUUUUGGGCAAUCUUCAUAAGUGGAACACAAACUAUACAUUGAGCAGCAUCUUACUUACCCUCUAGGUUAUGCUUUCUAAUCCAGUGCUAGAAAAUCUAGUGAAUUUGGAAGUAGCCCAAAUAUUGAAUAAGAAUGAAUCUGUGUACAGAGUAAUGGUUCAAAGACCUUUCCACAAACCAUUACAAUUGAAAGGUGAUAGCUCUGAGUUAUCUAAAGACUCAGAUAGAUACAUAAGAUCUAUUAAAAUUUUAUUUGAUGAUUAUUAUAAGACAUGGCCUGAAAUAGCUACAUCAAAAGCUGUGGAAUAUGACAGAACUUCAGUGCUUGAAGAUCCAAAUUUCAUUAGAAAGUAUUAUAAAUGAAAGAAAGUGGAGUUAAAAUAUCAUAAAGAAUGGAAUAUAAAGUUUGUUUUUGCCAUGGCCCAGUAUGCUAAAGAAUAUAAGAGGCCUUAUAUAGCAUCCAAUUAUCAAACCAAAAUCAUUCAUCCCUGCCCAAGUCCAAAUCCAUAAGCUGAAACAGAAGUUGUCACAAAGACUGGUGCAACAGAGGAAGGAUGGAAGAGUGAUGAUGACCUCAGCGAUUCAUGGGAAAAAGAAGUGGAAGAUCUGGUCACCUCGACCAACACUCUUGAUACAGAUACUUUAGAAGAUUAA